AUGGAAUAUGGAAUUCUUGAGGCUCGAGAAACAAGGAUAAUGGCGCACUAUCGUUUCCUUUCCUUCUACCUGCUUUUAAUCCUUCUUCCUUCACUUGACUCACUCCCUCUCAUAUCCCCUCUAGCUCAACCGCUUUUGAAAGCAUCCUACAAGGAACUCGCUGAAAUAGAUCACGAAGAUCCUAAGACUCCUAUUCUUUUAGAAUCUUUCACAAAUUCGCAUGCGGGAUCACAGAAGGCACAUAGCCGCAAUGGUAAAUCUAUCUUUCAGAUUCCCAAAGGAAGAUUCAACAAUUUUUUCGCUACUCAGUCUCAAUCCCGAACUCUCAAAAAGAAAGCUUUGGCCAGUUGGGAAGUUUGUUAUUCAAUUUCUCAAAAGAUUGAGAAAUCCAACUUACCUGAGGCUGAAGUACAAGAAUUGGCUAAAGCCGUCCUGUCAUAUGGUCCUCAAUUUAUUCUUGAUCGACAUGAUUCUCAAAAAGUUACGGAAUCUUUGAUUUCUACAAUCAAUCUUUUCUCUCGUUCUCUUCAGAUGGAUUUUUUAAAUCCAGCGGAGAGGAUCUGGUCUUUUGAGGUGCUCUCAGUCCUGAGGUCUCGGAUCCCAAAGAAAAUAACCUUUACAAUUCCCGAUAUCUGGACAGUCGACGACUUGGGUAGGGAUCGAGUAGAUUUUUUACUGUUUUUCUUGCAAGACAAAGACCUAGGAAAAGCAACUCAGGAGAUGUGGUCAAAAUCUCCUCCCAAACUAGAGACAUCUGAACAAGUCAUUCAGGAGGCAAUUCAAAGGGAAUCGAUAGUUCGUCUUAUCAAUCAACAGAUAGGCAAAUCCUCCGGGGACCCAUCUACAGAGUUUAAAACACUUUAUCUUGCGUUCAUCAACUUGAAAACUCCAAUUGAUUCUACCAAAGCCUCUACAUUGAUGAGAUUGAUUGAAAGUCAUUUGGAAUACCCUAAAACGCAACAGGAGUAUCAAUUUGAUGAGGAGGCAAACACAGUUAGAAUGCUAUUUCACCUUCAAGAAUAUCAUUAUCAGAGCUAUUUCAAUUUCAUGGUAUUGACUGAUACUCGGCAAGAUCUUCGGAGAAAGAUUCUUCAGAAUGACAUCAGUUUUCAACUUGAAGAAAAACUACCUCAAAGUGUCAUCGGUAUUUUGAAAGAGUUAGAAAUCACAAAAUACCUCAACACACAUCAGAUCAGCAAGAUCUUAGAGAUCAUCAAACAGGAAGAAAUGUCGAUUGCUCAACUAGGAAGAUUCUUCAGAGUAAUCAAUUUAGUUGUCAAGAGCAACUUCUCGAUAUGGAGAGUUUUCAAUCACCAACUGGACGGAUACUCCUUGAUGAUUCCAAAACUCUCCAAGAUGCUAAAGAGUUAUCGUUCUGGUCGGAUGAACCCAGAGGGGGAUGCUUGGGAAAUUCUAGAGUCUCUUAUCUUUGUCAAAAACGAAGAUCUGCUAGCAAAGGAGUUUAGAGAUAAUCUUGCAAAAGGUUUGGUUAUCAGAGGCGUGCUUUCAGAGAGUGAUACCGUCGAGCAAUAUCUACCUGGAGAAUCCAAACAAGACAUGGUUGAUCGAAUGUUAUACGGAAUAUUCAAGAAAAGAUUAGAUACCGAAAAAUAUAAGCACCGCCCAAACACACGUAACAUUCUGGUAGAAUACAUCCUUCACCUCAUCUCUUUCAAAAACAGCGACAAAUUCCUAUACUCUAGUCUUCGCUCCCUCGCCAACUUAUCAUGGUUGGUUCCUCAGAAUCCUGCUUUACGUAUGCUUAGUCAAGAAGUAUCUGUUUUUGUUGAAAGGAGGUCUUGGGAUACUAAUGGCCGAAUGGAUGAGUUCAGGACGGCCCUUCAGAAACUCGAGGAGGCUGUAUAUAUGACAAUAUAUCAGACUGAGACGAGAUGGAACGAAGUUUUAACAGGGCAAGGCAAGGAGAGGGAAAGAGUCACAACUACAGGAUGA